CCGGAAACAGACCAUUUUUCAGCAGGAAGCGUGUUCAUUUUCGUAGUAAGAAAAUAACAAACGUCUUGAAUCAAUGGGGGUGACUUGUGUGUGUCAGGUGCCUUUGGCAGAGGGAAAGAGUGUGCAGCAGACAAUAGACAUUCUGCACAAGAAGUUGGAGCAGUUGGGCGCUGUGAAGCAGGGAAACUUUACUGUGGACUGUGAGACGUACCAUGCCACAGGAAAUGCCAGUGGCCAGCCCACCAAACUCCUGUAUGUGAUGCAUAACUCAGAAACCCCCCUGAGCUGCUUAGCCCUGUUCGAAGGAGGUCCCUGCCUCACAGCAGAUGGAAACUUUGACGUGCUCAUGAUUAAGCUGAAAAGCCACUUCCAGAACGCCAAGGGGCACAAGGUAGAGAGCCGUGGUUCCCGCUACCGCUAUUGUGAUUUCCUGAUAAAGGUUGGAGCAAUAACAAUGAGCUCCAGCGCAAGGGGCAUUUCAGUAGAGGUGGAGUACUGUCCCUGUGUGGUCCCUGGGGACUGCUGGAACCUGAUGAAAGAGUUCAUGCAAAGCUUCCUGGGCCCCAGCAUCCCGGAGCUGCCCUCUGUGUUCGCCACCAAGCCUGAGGGCCUCUAUGUGCCCGCGGACUGUGUUGACACCAUGACCCAGUACCUGGAGUUGUUCAGCAAAGUGCGCAAACAGCAGGUGCUCCCAGGGACCACACGUUGACAUCUUCAUGGCAGCAGGAAUGUCCUGGAUAAUCUCAGCUGAUAAAGAAGCACCACCAAGAGGACAGCAGUACUUCCUCCACACCCCAACACAAGCAACAUGUAAUCUUAAGAUACAAUGUUGUGUAAUUUAAAUUGUACUGAGUGUCAGUACAGCAACUCAAACUGAUCAAAGGAUUUCACAACCACCACUGCAAGGAAUAUAUCAUGGCAAAAAUUAGAACAAAACCUUACUGGUUGAAGUCUGAACUCUUGAAGGAAUAAUGUUGUGUCCCAAAUGUCUUGUGGAUUAUCCUUGUGAGUAAUCGGUUUAAAGGACCUUCAGUUUAGAUACCAAUGUUGUAUCUGGGCAUUAUGGUCAUACUAAUAGUUGGUUAUUUUGAUUUAAAAAUUGCCUGACAACACUUUGUAACACUGUUUUUUUUAAACUCAAUAAACCUAUGUUUACCUUAC